AUGAUCACUCCUCGCUUUUCGUGCUCGCAGACGGAGGCCUCUGUCCUCGUGAAGAUAUACUGUCCAUCAGUGCGAGCAUCUGACGUCGAGAUCAACGUCGACGAGACGCUCUUCAGCGUUCACAUCAACCCGUACUUUCUGCGCCUCAACUUCCCGCACCCGCUUAUCGAAGAUGACGCAUCUGCUGCGGCCUAUGACCCGAGCUCCGGAUAUCUGACCGUCACGCUCACCAAGCAGACGUCAGGGCUGGAGUUCAAGGACCUCGAUCUUCUCGCCAAACUCCUCGCCCCUCGGCCACCACGGGAAGCCGUCACACAGCCACUCAUCGAAGUGCUCCGCUCGAGCGAUAACUCGCUUCUAGACGAAGAUGAGGAACUUGCGGCGCGAACGCAGGAGCUGUCUCUGUCGCAAGAACAAGAAGAAAUCUUGCACGCCGCUGAAAACGACUGGCAGUUGCCACAGACACUGCCCGAGUCGUUGCCGCCGCUUCAGACGAGCGCAAGAUGCCGAUACGGAUUUUUGGACAUGCACUCCGGGUACUUCGUUCACAUCGAGCACGUCGAGAACGAGGUGAACGAGCUUGGCGCUGACGCCGAGACAUGCGCCCCGUCGGAGCGUCGUCGCAGACGUCUGAAGCACGAGGACGAAAAGUGGGACGAGGAACACUACAUGGCCGACUUCGCGGACGAUGAAUACAUUCGCGAACUGAUCGCAUGGCCGAACCCCCUCACUACUUCCGCCGAGCAGUUUCAGUACACUGAGAAGGAAAAUAUGGCCAUGCUGCGCCUGCCCCGGAAGGAGUACCUGCCCACCGUCGAGCAGACGCAUGAACUCUACCUGACUCUGCUCACCAUUCUCUUUUCGUACGCCUAUGACGUCCGGACGACGCAGCAUGAGCCGACCCCGGAGAGCGCUUGGACGAUCGCGUCUCUCACACCCGCGUUCUCCGCGCUCGACCCUCCGCCAUACGCGCCAUCUUCCCGCGGACCACUGAGCCUCUCUGUCGACGAGCUGGAAGUCACGUUCGCAGCGUCCUAUCGACGUUCCCUGUCCUUUCCACUCUACCGCUCGUGGGCACUGGCGGAAGCCUGUCGCAUCGACGUCGCGAGGCUCUUGGCGGGUGGAAAGCGGAUGGUAACUCGGUGUUUACUCGAGCUGAAGGAGAUCCUGGAGCACCACGACGUGUACUACGUCUACAGCAAGGUAUGGGUGGAGGACUUGUGCGUCUGGACGGUGGCCUACUCCGACGACGCCGUUCUCGAGGGCCUGGGCAAGAGCAUCGAGGCGAUGGCGAUGAAGAAGGCCAUGGUGGGGUGGGACCUCGAAGAGCUCGAAGGACUGACGCGAGAAGACGCGGACCAUGGACCGGACAGUGACGACGAGUCAGAAGACGAGAUCGAGCGGAUGCUUCCUGCGCCUCUGUGA